AUGGACCGCUUCCCUAAGUUUGAUAUGGUCGUCUCAGCGCCACCUCAGCUUACGAUGUGGCACAACAAUCUGGACGGGGAUCAUAGGCGAGCCCUUAACAAGUACGUAGGGGCCUUAACUGAGCUGAUCAACAUGGAUGGUUCGCCAGAACUAAUCGAGGUGCUUACGGGGUACUGGGACAGUCAGAAAAUGGUCUUCCAUUUCGGAACGGCCGAAAUUACCCCGACGUUGGAAGAGAUAAGGGAUUGCAUAGACACCGUGGGCACUGGUAUAGAGAGAAGAGCCCGAAAACAAGAGGAUAUUUUCAUCCCCAACAAACCUUCCGUAGAGAACAUCGCGGAUUCGUUGGGACUAAGAAAAGACUUCACAUAUUGGUGUCAGGAUUCCCACGUGAUGUUCAGAGAUCUCUAUGUCAGAUUCGGACACGCGAGUUUCUACGCCGCGUAUAAUCGAGAGUUUAAGAUCUCUUACAGAGAGUGGAACGAGGUCCGCCCCCUAGCGUUUGCUGUGGCAUUGCUGGGAACAAUGGUCUUCACGCACGGCCCGAGUUUGAGCAUCAACACCAGAGUCAUAACGCUCGUCCACACGUUGUUCAAAGGAUACGAAAAUCAAGGAACAACAAAAUACUACCCCAUAGCCCCAGUCAUAUUAUCCGACAGGUAUCGGGCCUUGGGUAAGUGCAAAGAAGGACACCGAUAUUUCCAAGGGUGUAAUCUGCUCCUCCAGUGGUGGAUUCUCAGCCACUUGGCAAAAGGUGCUGGGACUCGGGAAUUACACACCCUCGACAACAAGAACACUCUCAAGGACUUAAAAGAUUUACUAUUCUAG